CUCAGGCAGUGUGACAGUGUGUGUGUGUUGUCACUUUGAGGGACUGGUGUGUGUGCAGAGGAAUCAGUAAUGAUGAAGUGCUUGUAUCUUUUGUCUGUUGUGUUUCACGUCGCUGCAGGCUGUUCUCUCUCUGCUGAUAAUCCGAUAGAAAUCACAGGAUACAAAGGUGGUUCAGUGCUGUUCCCCUGCUCCUGCUCUGACCUGAACACCAAACCUCAGAGAUUCACCUGGGAGACCUUCAGAACUGGACCUCUGACAGAAGUGUUAAAUGAUGAACACUACCGUGGUAGACUUCAGCUGUUUAAUCACAGUUCUCCUGCUAAUCUGUCUCUGCUCAUAUCUGACCUAAGAGAAGAGGAUUAUGGAACCUACAGGUGCAGCACUGAGAAGGAAUACAGAGAGACCAGGCUUUAUAUUAAAGACUGUGAGCUGGUGAAUAAGACAGUGGAAGAGCAUGUGACUGGGUUCAUAGGAGAGUCUGUAGUUCUGCCCUGCGUCUGCACUGACCUACAGGACAAACCAAAGUUUGUAAAAUGGCAGUUUAUUGGAAUCAAUCACGUUCAGGAAAUUUACGAUAAACAGACUGGACGUCACACAAACGGAGUCAAACUGGUCAGUAACAACGCUCCAGGAAAACUUUCUCUACUCAUAUCAGACCUGACUGAAGAGGACCAGGGAGUCUACAGAUGUUCUGUACAGGACGAUAGCAGAGAUGUCAGAUUAUCUGUUAAAGUAGGAGGAAGAGAAACUUCAACAUACUCGAGGAAAACAGACACAACACCUCCAUCAGAACCGCCUCAGAGUACAACAACAAUCUCUCCACCUGCAUCAUCCUCAACAACACUGGAACAAGAUAAACAGCAAACACACAGCAGCCUCCCUCUAGUUUUUGGCAUUCUAACGUUUUUAUUGCUGGUGAUACCCGGUGUAGUGGCAAUUAUUUGUUGGAGAUGCAAAGGAGGAAGAUGUGGAGAGAACGUGAUUACUGAAGGACGUCCGGACUGUAAGAGAAAGCAGAAGGAUCAGGUUAGUGUACAUGUGGUUAGAGUCAUCUUUAAAGUCUUAGAGUCCUACUGUAUUCCUAAUUUAAUCUACAUUUAAUUCUGCAUGACUUAUACAGUAACAGUUAUAGCAGAUUUGUUUCUACCUUUUAGAGAUUUAGUUGUAUUUGUGAUACUCUGCAGGUAACACACAUGAAACACACAUGCUUUCACUGAACAGUGAGUUAUAGGAAAAUAUCUUCUGCUGCUUCUAUCAGAACAACACAUGGUGUAAAGAAAGAACUUUGAUAACUUUUAUAAAUGAACUUUAUAUGUGUGAUAUAUGUAUAAUUUUUAUGUUCUGACUUUUCUCAGAUUGGGUCUGAUGUAUGUACUACUGUUAUUUACACUUACUACUCUACUGACCCACAUUAACACAGCCGGAGCAGCAGAUCAUCACUGGACAGAAACUGAAUAUAGCAGCAUUAUAACAAACUAAUCCAGAGUAAAUAUAGACACAUGCUCAGAUAUUAUAGAAUAAUGCUGAAAACAUUUUUGAGAUUUUUAUUCAUUUUCCAAUUAAAUAUCAGAUUCAGGCAUAAACGUGUGUUACAUUUACUUAUGUUAGCUAAGUGUAUUGUUCCGCAUUCAUUGUUUAUUAUUAAUUGCUGAUGGAUAAUCUCGCUAAUUAUAUUUUGAGUGUACAUUUCAUUUUAUAUCUUAUGUGUACCAUACUUAUAUCAGGUUAAGAAAUGAAAGCUCUAGAAGGCUGUUGUCUUCAUGCUGUUUUGUGUAAGAAGACUGCUACAGGAGUUCUUGUUUGUGACUUUUAAUGACUUUGAGUAAAAAUAAAAGAAGGAGGAUUGUUGAAUCUGA